ACCACUCUGGCUCUUGUUUUUUAUGCAGGAUUUUUGACUUGACCCCUUUGACUGUGCAGUGAUUUCCAGAAUGUACGGUGGUGCUGGUGGUCGUUGAUGGUGGUGCGUGAACAGCUGCAGGAAGGGCUUUGUCAGAUAAGGACGGCAUUAGGUAAGGCCAUUAGUGUCCUGUGGAUUAUUGUAAUCCAGCCUCUCUAUCACUGCUGCCUUGGUUGCUCAGUCUACAGUCGGUGGGUUGGAAGAUGGCUCUCAACAUGCAGCGUUUCCUGCUGGCCCUGCUUCUUCUGGGAGCUAACGUGUUCAUCAGCAUUCAUGCUCAAGAGAUUGGAGUGUCUGAGGCGUGGACCAGCAGGUCUUGCAAAUGUGAUUGUGAAGGAGGAGAAUCCCCGACUGAGUUUUCAUCCAUUGGGACUGGCUCUUCCAUGGUGCGAGGAGUGGACUGCAUGCCAGAGUGUCCGUACCACAAGCCUCUGGGCUUUGAGGCCGGAUCAGUGAAUCCAGACCAGAUCACCUGCUCCAACCAGGACCAGUACACCGGCUGGUUCUCAUCAUGGCUCCCAAGCAAGGCCCGGCUUAAUGGUCAGGGCUUUGGGUGUGCCUGGCUGUCUAAGUUCCAGGACAGCAGUCAGUGGCUGCAGAUUGACCUGAGGGAGGUGAUGGUGGUGUCAGGGAUCCUCACUCAGGGUCGCUGUGACGCUGAUGAGUGGAUCACCAAGUACAGUGUUCAGUACCGUACAGAUGAAAACCUCAACUGGAUUUACUACAAAGACCAGACUGGAAACAACAGGGUGUUUUAUGGAAACUCUGACCGCUCCUCGUCUGUGCAGAACCUCCUGCGGCCACCCAUCGUGGCACGUUACAUCCGCAUCCUCCCCCUCGGAUGGCACACACGCAUUGCUCUGCGCCUGGAGCUGCUGCUCUGCAUGAACAAAUGCAUCUGAACCUUUCCUCCUGCCAUCCCAGAGGCCUUGUCCAAAACAUCCAUCCAUACCUGUGUGGUCGGUUAUUAUAUCCACAGAUUUAGCCCCCUCCAGCUACAUGUAUAAAACCACAAAUUGAGACAAUAAUAUUCUGUUUAAAAUCUUUUUAAAUACACACUACAGUUUGACUUACGUGAUUUCAUUAAAACAUUUGUUUGAUAUGCUCAAUGAGCUUUCA